AUGAGUCACCUUGCCUGUGCUGCAGGCCAGUGGGUCUGGUCUGAGCGGCCCGCAGCUCCUCCGUUCGCGGCCUGCCCGAGGUGUAUCUGGACGGGGAUGCUCCCUAAGUUGGAAGUGGUACCCGGCAACAGAAACAGGAAGUUACGGCAGAGCCUCUUUGGAAAUGCCAUCCAUGUCUUCAGCUAUGACUGGAAAAAGGCCUAUUUCAGGUUCCAUGAUCCUUUUUCUGACCUGGCUUUUGCUUUGGAAGUAGAAAAGGGUGGCGCCCGAAGCAUUCAGAUGGCUGUACAAGGAUCCAUCAUCAAAUACUUGUUGUUUACAAGGAAGGGAAAAGACUGUAACUUUCACAGUUUAUGUGCAAUAAGCAAACGGGAGCAGGAGCAGGGCCUGGCUGCGGCACUGGCUGGCAUCCUGUGGGCGGCAGGAGCUGCUGAGAAGGCCACCGUCUGUCUUGUUGCUGGGGACACUUACGUCACCUCAACUCCUGACUACUCGGGAGAUGAUUUCACUGAGCGGUUCAAAGGGGAAGGAAGCCACGGUGUCAUCUUGUUUCUUUACAGCCUCAUCUUCUCCAGAACAUUUGAAAGGCUUCAGAAGGACCUAGAUGCCUCCACCACUCAUCUGUUACAACCAAGUGCUGGGGGCUUCCUGUGCAGGCAGGCAGUUUUGAACAUGAUUCUAACUGGAAGAGCAAGUCCAAAUGUCUUUAAUGGCUAUCAGAAGGGAAAGUCGCAAGAAAUAUUACAUGGAGUCCUGACCCGCAGUGACGUCGGGUAUUUGCAGUGGUAUAAGGAUGCCUCAGAGGAUGACAGGCUUUCGCAGGUGGGCAGCAUGCUGAAGACCCCCAAAUUACCUAUUUGGCUGUGCAAUAUCAAUGGAAAACCCAGUGUCCUUUUUAGCACAAACAGGCAGCUCUUAUCAGACUGGAAAGCGGAGCAUCACUUUGAUCUGUACCUGUACAGUGGCCACCCCCUCCAGAACAAGCCUGGGCAUCUCACAGUAGAUACUCACUCCCAUCACUGGGAAAGGAACCAACAUGAAGAUGAACAUGUACCAAGAAGACGGUUUUCUCCAGUAGAGAUGGCAAUCAGGACCAAGUGGAGAGAAGCCACCAUCAACUGGAAUGGAACCGUUCCCUUUCUCUAA